CAACACCAAACACGAAAACACGGAAAAUCAGCAUAAUCCUCGCACGGUUCCCUUUGCGCUGUAAACUUGUUUGGAAAUGCUGAUUGAGUAAUCACGUCGCCACAACAGAAUGACCGACAAACCAAAAGAAUCUGCGCCCGGUGACGGAAUUCGUUCCAUGCGAUCAACGAACGUAUUCCGGGCGAUAAAUUUCGAACUGUAUGCCAAACCUAAUGUCGUAGUUAUGAGCAUUGGAGUCGUUUGUCUCGGCAUCACAUUUGGAUACAUCGCCUAUAUGCGGUCGAAAUACGAGGGUUUGGGAUAUUAUACGGCAGUACAAGAGGAUGGCAAAGAAGUGUUCGUUAAGCGCAAAUCAAAAUGGGAAUAAAUCAGGAGGCGCAUUAGGCAUGCUGAAUUAACUAGUGAUCGGGUAAUUUUUGCUUUUUUUUGUCGAAAAGUUAGAUUUAUUUCGCUCAAAAGAAAUAAUCUCCCCUGCGAACUGUGCCUUGAUGUUAACAAUGGAAAAUUCUAUCAAAAAUUCUUCUACACGUAGAAGUUCGAAGUAGGUGUAGAAGUCAAUCCCUUUUUGUUA